AUGAAACUGUUUGUGGACAUAGAUCCAGACACUCGGCUCUCCCAUAGGGUUCUCCGAGAUAUCAGUAAACGAGUCAGGGAUUUAGAGCAGACCUUAUCACAGUACAUUACAUUUGUCAAGCCAGAUUUUGAAGAAUUCUGCUUACCUACCAAGAAAUAUGCUGAUGUAAUUAUCUCUAGAGGUAUGGAUAAUCUUGUGGCCAUCAAUUUGAUUGUGCAGCACAUCCAAGACAUCCUGAAUGGCGGCCUCAACAAACGCCAACUCAAUGGGUACCUGUAUGAUUAUAUUCCUCCCUGCCAGUAA